AUGCACACCACACAAUACCUCUCCGCUCUCCUCUUGAGCCUACCCCUAGCAACCACCACCACAACCACCACCACAACCAUCCCCCCAACAACAACGACAACAACAGUCCAAACCUACAGUCCAGCCCAAGAGCCCUCCCUAACCUACAGCAUCACCAUCCCCAACACCACCACAACCACGACUGGCGGACCGAUCUACCUCCGCAUCUCCGCCCCGACCACCCUCCAAUGGGCCUCCCUCGGCCAAGGGGCGAACAUGUCCACCGCCAAUAUCUUUCUGGUCUGGGUCGGGGCCGACAAGAGCAACAUCACCCUCUCCCCGCGCUCCGGCGGGACGGGCGAGCCCACCUACAACCCCCGCGCAGAGGUGACCUUGCUGAACGGGUCUGGUGUGGUGGGGGGGAGGAUGAUUGCAGAUAUGAGGUGUGAUAACUGCUUAGGCAGUUGGGGGGAUAUUCCUGCUGCUGGUGGUGGUGGUGCGGCCAAUGGGAGCAGUGGGGAGGGCGGGUUUGUGAUGGAUCCGGAGGGGAAUAACACGAGUUGGUUUUGGGCGUUCAAAAAGGGACCGGAGUUGGAUGAUUCGGAUGUGAAUGCGGAUUUGGGGAUGCAUGAUGAGAAGGGGGAGAUGGAGUGGGAUUUGAGUCGGGCGAGGUUUGAUGUUCCUGCUGCGGGUGGGUUGGAGGGGUGGUUUAAUCCAUUUGUUUGA